UUUUUUAAACUAAAUAUGUGUAAAUUUUUCGGUUAGCGUAGGGCCAAAUUAUUCAUUUCUUUCGAAGUCUUUGUCAAAAUUCUAAGUUUAAAAUUAAAAUAAAAUUUGAAAAAUGGCAGAUACCAAAGAUCCCAAGGCAUCGGCACCGAGGCCACAGAAACCAAUACCGAACGCAAUGAAAUUUACGUUAGGUGGAUUAGCAGGAAUGUGUGCAACAUGUUUUGUACAACCUUUCGAUGUCAUCAAAACACGUAUGCAGGUAUCCAGUUCUUCUGGUGGUCAAAAAGAUAGUUCCUUGCAAGUUGCUUCAUCAAUCUUCAAGGACCAAGGCAUACCUGGCUUAUAUAAAGGUCUUAGUGCUGGUUUACUUCGCCAAGCUACCUAUUCCACAGCCCGAUUGGGUAUGUACAGUUAUUUGAACGGCCUUUAUAGCGCACAUGUUGCACCUAAGCCCACAGUAUUGGCGAGUAUGGGUAUGGGCGUAAUCGCUGGUUCGAUUGGAGCAUUUGUAGGAACACCAGCAGAGGUGGCUUUGAUUAGAAUGCAAGCAGAUGGGCGCUUACCCCCAGCUGAGCGCAGAAAUUAUAAAAAUGUCUUCAAUGCUUUAAUACGUAUUGUGAAGGAGGAAAAUGUAAUGGCAUUAUAUAGAGGAUGUAUACCGACAACUGCACGAGGUGCCGUCGUGAAUAUGACGCAAUUGGCUUCAUAUUCACAAUUUAAGUUACUUUUUAAUUCAUUAGGCUUGAAAGAAGGUAUUCCAUUACAUAUAAGUGCAAGUAUGAUGUCCGGAUUCCUUACAACAUUAGCCUCCAUGCCCCUUGAUAUGGCCAAAACUCGUAUACAAAAUAUGAAGAAUAACGAAUACAGCGGUACACUUGACGUGCUGAUGAAAGUUGCGAAGCAGGAAGGUGUCCUUUCACUUUGGAAGGGCAUGUUGCCAUACUUCUUUCGACUCGGUCCUCAUACCGUGCUUACGUUCGUGUUUUUGGAACAAUUUACUCAAUUUUAUUCAGUUCAUAUACUCGGUAACGAUAGUAAGGGAUCUGGUAUAUAACAAAAUUGUUCGGUUUGCAUGUUUCGGCAAUUAUUGUGAAUACUACGUUUUAGAAAUUGUUAUUAAAUUUUUUGUGAAUAAUUGUGGAUAUAUUUUAGUCAAAUUUUUAGGUGUUAUAAAUAUAUAUAAAA